AAAGGGCUACUACCUAGGUCGAGGUACCUAGGUAGCUCUACGUACCAUUUUUCCUCUGCCGGGUGGGGCUUUCCUAUCUUAGCUGCCGCCGCUUUUACGAGGGCGCUCAGAGUCAGGCUCACUGAUCCGGGCUCAGACUCAGUGAGCUGCUUUGGUACAUUAUGUGACAAAGCCUCUACGCUUAGUCCAUACCUAAGAGAGCACUUUAGCCUAUAA